CCACUACCUAGCUAAACCAAGUCAUAUCUCUGGCAGACUACUUCCUGCCAUGGCCACCCCUACUGAAGCUAUCUACAUUAACCUUCACCCAUUUGUGAAUGACCCAGCUGCCGACGUCAUCAUCCGGUCCAGUAGCAAUUCUGUCGACUUUCGAGUCAGGAAGGCCGUACUCUCAGAAGCGUCUGAUUUCUUCAAGCAGAUGUUUACUCUGCCUCAAGCCAAUGCUAUUGAGAACGAUCAUUUGCAUGUUGACGGUUCAUUCUCGGACGAAGGUUUUGUCGAUGGGCUUGCUGUCAUACCCGUCACGGAGGACGAGGAAACGACGAGUAUGUUCUUGAGGUUGUGCUAUCCACGCGCAGACCAUACAAUAUCCUCUCUGCAAGAGGUGAAGACAGCAUUGAAGACCCUCCAAAAAUACGACGUCCAAUACAUCCCUGACUCCAUCAUCCUCCUCCUAUCAAACGAAGCCGAACAUCAUCCUACCACCGUAUACGCCAUCGCAUGCGGCUAUAAUCUUUCAUCCAUCGCUAACAAGGCUGCUCGAGCCUCGCUGAAGAAACCACUGCUGCACGAUACCAUCUCCCGCGAAGAUUUUGAUCUCAUGUCAGCCUACCAAUAUGACCUCCUACUCCGCUAUCACACCCGCUGUAGCGAUGUCGCCUCACAAACGGCGGCGUCCUUCGACUGGAUGAAAUACAUUUAUAAAUUCCCCUUGCCGGAACACAGGGAACGUAGAGGAUGUACGUGUCCAACGACACCCAUCCGAAGCCCUAGCUCCGGCGCCAUGGCCGGGAGUAAUUGGGGGAUGCCGGUCUUGAACUGGGUUAUUGAGUUCAUGAAGGAGUGUGCGGAGGAGUUGAAGGUUACGCCGUGUUGGGAGGUGCUGAUGAAGAGAGGAACGACGAUUAUGCAUGGGUCGGUGGCGGCGGUGGCGGGUGGGUGUGUACCGUGUAGAGAGGAGGUCGAGAAGUUGCCGUUGUUUGCGGAACGGAUUGGGAAACAGGUCGAGUUUGUGAUUGCGGAGGUCGAUCCUCCGUUCUGAUGCGCCCGGCCCACGCUACUCAGAUUUGAGUCCUCCCAUCAACAUCCCGAUACUGUAUCCCUUGAACUCGUUUGUUGUGUCUGUUUGGCUCUUUAUACCUUGUGUUCGGUACGACCAUUCCUGCUCUGCUUUGCUAUUAUCCUGUAGCCAAAUAAAUUGUAUUCAACGCCGUUCGAGGCCUCUUAUGGCGUUCGAUCUAUCGAAUACCUGGACGCUACACAGCUGGGUCAGCACUAGUGACUACUCCUUGCUGUGGCUAUGGCGUGAAUAACCUACACAGUUGAUGGUAUAUAAUCUCACACACACAGCAAUAUUCCCCAUGGACCAGCAACAGCAGUGCCUCUGGUAAAGCAACGCAAGUCGCACGCAAGCAUUCUCAAUGUCUCAUCAGCGCGUGCAGUGGGUGGCGUCAAAUCGGGUGGCGCUCAUCGGUGACGUCAUAUCCUUUUACGCCGCAUCAGCUCCUGCACAGUGACUCGUUUUCCCGCCAAGUCAACUUGUUUCUCACCUCGUUCGACUUGCUGUACACUAUAUAAGACGGUACCACCUCUCC